AUGUCAUCGCCAUCCUACAAGCGAGUAUGCCUCCUGCGUAACGAGGAUGCGACUCGAUGCUCCAAACUCGUCCUCAAUUGGCUCAAAAAUCCAGAUGCAGCCCUUUUGGUGGAAGAGUUCAUCGUCGACCCUCCCCAGAGAUUUGGGCACUUCAUGAACGGCGAGCCAGAUCCUGCUCUGGAUGAUGGGGACCAUGAACUGGUGGUCAAAUACAUCGAGAGCCUUGGGGUCAGUGACGAUAUGAAAACCAAAAUCCUGGAAGGGGUCCCGAGAAAGAAAGACAAGGCGAAAUCUGAGGUCAACACCCAGGAUGAUGAGCCCCCAGCGAAGCGCAUCCGUUGGAACUCGGGAUGGCCGGAUAUUCCUCACUACCAUGAGGCCCUGGCCAUUCUCGUUAUCUCGCUUUGUCCCAACAUCAAACGGCUCCGCUUCAACCCGGAGACCCUCAUACUGGGCACCUUGCUGGACGAGUACCUCGUCCAAAACAACUACGGGGAAAUCACCGAACCCACACUUCAGAGACUCGAAAUUGUCCAUGUGGAAGCCAUUAAUCACUGCCUUAUUGAUGGGUGCAAUUACGACACUGUCAGAUCCCUUGGCUUCUUUCGCUACUUUCAUCGUCUGCCGUCAGUUUCUACCGUCAAAAUCGAGGCUAUCUCAGACUAUCAGCCCGACAAUACGUCCUUCCAGCCCAAGUCUUCUUCUACCAUUUCGAAAAUUACCAUUGGCCACUCUGAUAUCUCCGGGGCCAUUCUCAGCAGCAUCAUCCGCAUCCCCCAGGCUCUCACUCACUUUUCCUUUUCCAAUGCCGGGCUUUGGAACACCGAUGGCGCGUAUACAUACGACGUGAAACCCAAGACCGUGAGCAAGUGUCUUCUGCAGCACAAGGACAGCCUGCAGGUUCUGGAUUUGGACGCUCGACUCUAUGAUCCCUCGAAGUACGAUAAGCACCGCCCGGCCUUGUUGGAGCACCAGAAGGAUGAAUACCCUGAGUACUAUUAUGGCAGAUAUGGAAGUAGUCAGAGUGACACUGGAAGAGGAAGAGGUCGCACUCCUCCGCCGGAUGCAAAAUAUCUCGAUUUGGAUCGAUCGUUCAGUGGGGAGAAGGAGGAAGACCUGCCUCUCUAUGCGGUGGAUUUGCCGGACACGUUUGACUACGAAGGCGGGUCGAUUGGCUCCAUGAAGGACUUUACCAAGUUGACAGACUUGAGCAUUGUAUGUAUCAUGCCCAGAGCUCUGCUGUUGAUGUUGGAUGACAGGCUUACUAACACGUCACACAGAGAAUUGGAAAUAUACUUGGCUACGAUGACACAUGCAAGUACAAAGUCACGAUCCGUACUCUCAAGCAUCGACUUGUUGAUCUUUUGCCGCCGAAUCUGGAGAGUUUGA